AGACUGGAUUGAAGGUUGGAAGGAUCUUCAAAAAAGUGAAAAAUGUCUCAGUGAUCAAUGCAGGAGGUACAAAGGGCAGUUUCAUCAGACUGUUAGCAGUAGUGGAUUUAUCUAAAGCUCUACCUCGCUGUACUUCGAUCAAAUUCCAGGACAAACAAGUUCUUGUGGGAUUCCAGUAUGAACGGCUGGUUAACUUAUGCUACUAUUGUGGCAAAAUCGGCCACUUGGAUAGGAGCUGCAAGCAUAGAUUGGAAGACAUAGAUAAAGGCAAACUUAAAGGAGGCCAGUAUGGAGAUUGGAUGAAAGCAUUGGAUGUAAGCCAGAAUUAUAUGUGGUACUCAGGCAGAUUUGGGCAGCACCAUUCAUCAGGGGGAAACAGUUCCGAGCACAACCUUAAUUCUGCUUCAGAGAGAAGGGAUGAUGUGUCUCCUCAAACUAAUGAAGCAAAUACUGAAACCUCUCUACAGCUGGUUGUAAUUGAUCAUGGAAAUGGGGGAAUAGAAACAACCAAUGGUGGAGCUCAUGAGAUCAUUAACAAGAACAUGGAUGAGGAUCAUAUUGGAACAAAAGGAGGACCAGGGUGGAUGGAAGGGCCAUUAAGGAUUGAGGAGAACCAGGAGGAUACGGGAAAAACAAAUGUUAUGGCUGCAACGCAAGCCAUGGAUCUAUCAAUGUACAAUUUGGUGGAAACAGAGGUGAAAAUAGAUGGCAGCGGUUCUUCUUCCCUAAUUCCACCAAAGGGAGGCAGAAGCUGGAGGAGGAUAUCCAAAGCUGGUGACAAA